GGGGGAUAUACAUACGAUAUUAUUAAUCCACCAUUGCCAUAGCAUGGCAAGGACAGGGGAACGACCCAUGUGAUGUGCGGAGAAUUAACAGGCCAAGCCUAGAUUGGAAUGAUCUCGAUCUUGGGAAGGUGAGCAUGAAGUCAUCGUAUAAAAAAGCAGAAUUCGACGCAGACUUCAUUGCCUUCUGCUCUUCUUUUCCCUAUGCCCUUUGGUAUCGUAUUUUCAAGUAGUUUAACAAGAUCUCUAGGCUACGUUCACGUACAUGGCGUCGUCAUCUCCCCCUACUCACCCCUAUUUUGCACCACGAUAUGUGAUAGCCGCCGUUGCUGUUUCUCUCGGUGGCCUGCUCAAUGGCUACGAUACCGGGUCUAUCGGUGCCAUCACGCACAUGCAGAAGUUCACCGAGUCCGUAGGCCAGCUCUCGGCGAGCAUGCUGGGUAUCACGGUCUCGAUAAUCAUGCUGACAGGUACUCUGCCAUCCCUGUUUGCCGGGCACUUCGCCGACAAGUUCGGGCGAAUCACAAUCAUCAUCCCCGGCGCGAUCCUGUUCGGUGUCGGGGCCCUAGUUCAAGGCUUGGCUCACGGUUUGGCCCAGUUCACCGUCGGCAGGGCGAUUGCCGGGUUUGGUCAGGGCGUGUUCCUCAGCAAUAUCAACGUCUAUAUUUGCGAGAUCGCGCCCAUGAGAUGGCGUGGUACGCUUACUGGAUUACCUCAAUUCAUGGCUACCGCUGGUGUUUGCGCAGGAUACUUCACCUGCUACGGGACUGUUAAUUUACAAUCUGAUCUGGCUUGGCGCGUGCCAUACAUUUUACAAUGUGCUUUCUCGGCUGUCCUCGCAUGGAGCUGCCUCCUGCUCCCAGACUCCCCUCGCUGGCUCAUGCUACAGGGACGACAGGCAGAUGCGCGUCGUGCUCUGGAGCGGCUUGACUUCAACAUGGCAGAAGCCGAGCGUGACUUCCUCAUGACCACAGAACAGUCGCCUAGUCUCACUCCGUGGCAGGGUAUGGCGCUCUUGUUCAAGAGGGGAUAUCGUGCUCGCACUAUCUUGGCGCUGUUUAUCCUUGGGAUGGUUCAGCUGUCCGGUAUAGAUGGUGUGCUCUAUUACGCCCCUAUUCUUUUCGAACAAGCCGGCAUAUCGUCAGAAAAUGCCUCGUUCCUCGCCUCUGGUCUCUCUUCCAUCCUCAUGCUUCUUAUCUCUAUCCCAGCUUUCUUGCUUGCCGAUAAAUGGGGACGUCGAACCUCCGCCAUCAGCGGCGGUAUCGCAUUGGCAGCCUGUAUGUUCCUAAUGGGUAGUCUUUACGCAGCAGAUGCUGUUCAUCCCUACGGCGUGGCCAGGUGGUUUGUCAUCAUCGCCGUCUUCGUUUUCAGUCUCACGUAUUGCGCCACCUGGGGAAUCGUAGGCAAGAUUUACGCCAGCGAGAUCCAGCCAGGCCACACGCGAGCAGCAGCCAAUUGCGUUGCUAUGGGCCUAUGCUUCGGAACAAACUUUUUGGUAGCUAUCUGCACUCCAAUAUUAUUGGAAGCGUCUGCGUUCGGUGCCUAUUUCUUGUUCGGUGGCCUUGCGAUGGCUACCGUGGCUGUGCUCGCCUUGUAUAUGCCUGAGACUCGCGGCCGUUCUCUUGAAAAUAUUCAGGAGGCGUUCCACCGACCCUCCGCGGUAAGCAGUCUCACGCAAUUACUGCAACCGCUAGGUUUUGGUGCAAGGCGUAGGACCCAUCAAACUGCUCAUGAACCAACAGCAGGCGAAGAGACUGAGUUGGAGCCCAUUGACGCAACUGAAGCGGUUGCUGCUAGUGCUAUCUCAGUCGAGGCUGUCCCUAGAGCUCUGAGACUCGAUGUUUCGGUGUAACCCAUGGGCCUUUUCUCGAUACAGCAUACUAGUUACUAUUUGUGAUGGCUUGACAUAAAUCAUCCUAGUUUAUGGGUGCUACUAAUCAAGAGCAUUACUAUUUCAGUAGUAGUCAAUUUCAGUACCGCUUCUCUCACCGCCUGCCUAAAAGGGUUACUACUUAGAGAUUCCCUAUCCGCAUUACCAUACAACAUAUUAACCAAUAUAUUGUAUUAAAUCUUAUAAUACAAAAUACGAAAAAUAUAUAGUUAAGUUUACUUCAAUUAGAGCUUUCUAAUAAUAUAAGCCUCGAUUCGAUGUAUGUAGUAUGUUAAAAGCUAUUGUAAGAGAUAGUCAAUUGAAUAUCGAUGUUUCGCGGAAAGGGGGCGCCACCACUUAUACAUAGGUACCUACCUACCUAGACCUACUUUCGUGCUUGAAUAGCUUUUGAAAUACUGCAUACAUUAAAUUGAAAUUUAUAUCAUUAGAAAGCUCUAAUUAAGGCAAAACUGGAUAUAUAACUUAUCUUUCGAUUGAAGAAGAUAUAAUGGUUGAUAUGUUGGGAGAUGUGGUAUGUAAUUGAAUGAGGCUCUGCGGGAGGCGCUUUAGCGGUUGGGCGCCUAUUGAAUAUAUCUUCGAACAGCAUUUAAAAUACACCAUUUAUCUAAUUGAUAUUUAUAUUAUUAGAA